AAGAAAAGAAGAACUAUUUGCUGCUGCAGACGUUGCUGCUUUUAUACCCGAUUAUAAACACCCUUUUUAGUCUUUCGAAGGUAGAGAAACUUAGAAAACAGUGGUCAAAUAUAUAUUAACACUUUACAUCAUAACCGCAAGAUUUCUCUGUAUCCGGAACAUUUUAGAAAGAACAGCUUACGGAACCUUGCAGCGUACAAUACUGGCUAACUUAACAGUUACUCUCAAAAGUUUUUACUCAGACGGAGCAGUUCACACUUUGUAGGGACAUUGUGACGUUUCUGGUUAACAACUUGUGAGUACUUUUGGUUAAAUAUUUUGUUUAACUGUUAAAGAGGUUCAAACGCUUGCUACUCCUUGAUGUGGGAAAACGUCUCUUUAAAUCUCUUUAAAACGUCUUCUUUAAAUCAUCUCAUCGUUGGAACCACUCUAGUUGUUCUGAAGUAACUUUAGUUGCUUAAAAAUCAAGAUUGCGAUGUCGUACAGACGUUGCGCUGUUUAUGGCUGUGUAAGAACAACGUCUUUGCAUAUGCUGCCGAAGGACCCAGACGUCAGAGAGAAAUGGAUUCAGUUUAUUGUUAAGAAGAGCCAUACUCAAAUCAAUGCUCACUUGCGUGUUUGCUCAGCACAUUUCACCAGCGGAUGCUUUGAAAACAAAUCGCAAUACGAUGCUGGCUUUGCACAAAAACUUUUGCUGAAAGAUCGGGCCGUGCCAACUAUUUGGGACCCAACUAGAAUCAAGCAAACUAACGUACAACAUACACCUGCAGUGGUUGAUCUACAUUUUGAUGAUACAAACCAAACUACAGAGAAUGACGUGGGGGAUGCUACAGACUACAACAGUAAAGGACUUGGUUUUUGUGACCAAGACAGCGUGGCUUCCAGUUUGGACUUCAUGUUUACUGGCGGUCUUGACCCCAUUCAAGAUUGGCCUUCAUCUGAGAUUGAUUCACCAGAGAACGUGGCCAGUUUACGUAAGAGAAAGCGACCCCGCUUGUCUUCCACAUCUGCUCCCCAUGAAAGGGGUGCUGGGAGGAAUGGUCAAGAUGAUGUCUCAGUCAAAACGUGGCAUAGUGGAGUUGAGUCAGAUGAUGUACCGUCUCAUCCUGUCUUCACACCUGUCCAAGAACCUGGCCCGAAGUUCAUAUCCAAUUCCUGCAACAAUCCCCUGAAGUUUUUCCAGCUGUUCUUUUCAAAACCCAUAAUGCAGGAAAUAGUCACAAACACAAAUGUCUUUGGAACCAAAUGUCAGAAAACAGGAAAGCGGUGGGAGAAGAUUACUCGGAAAGAGUUAGACUCAUUUAUAGCACUGGUCAUUUUUAUGGGACUGUUUAAGUGCUCUUCGCUGGCGGAUUACUGGCGAGAUUCAAAAUACUUCGGUCUGCUGUUUCCUGGCCGAAUCAUGUCUUACCAGAGAUUUCUGUCAAUCUUCAACGCUCUCCAUAUAAGUGAUAUCACAGAAGAUGAGGAGAACAGCAAGAAGAAGGGAACACCAGAGUAUGAACGCCUGGGUAAAAUUCAGCCCCUGUAUCAAGUCAUCAGGGAAGCCUGCAAGACUUAUUAUCAUCCCUUUCAGAACAUCACAAUUGAUGAAAGAAUGGUGACAUCACAGGCUAGAACGGGACUCAGAAAAUGCAUAAUGGACAAACCUACAAAUAAUGGGUAUAAACUCUUUGCACUGUCAGACUGCACCAGUCACUACACAUGGGACUUCUUUGUUUAUGAGGGAAAGUCAUGUGCGUCACAGAGCCAGGGCCUAAGCUAUGAGUCGGUUAUGGCAUUGGUGGAUGAAAAUAUGCUGGGUACUGGGUAUAAACUGUUCGUAGACCAAUUUUACACCAGCCCCACACUUUUCAGGGACCUUCUUCACAAGAGCAUCUGGGCCUGUGGUCCUUUUUGGGCGAACAGGAAAGGAUUUCCAAGACCAACAGUGAACGGUUUACCAAAGAACGCCCCACAAGGCACAAUGCGUUGGAUUAAGGACAAAGAGCUGCUGUUUGUUCGCUGGAAAGAUGAGCAGGAAGUGCAGAUGUGCUCCACCUUCCAUAAAGCUUAUGAGGGAGACACUGUGAAGAGGAAGGUGAAGAGAGGAGACAGAACAUGGACCUCUGUGGAUAUCCCCAUUCCCGCUCCGGUGUUGGACUACGAAAGGAACAUGGAGGCAGUGGACCCAUCCAAUUGCAUUACCGGACAUUUCAGACGUAUGCACAAGCCUAGAGAAUGGUAUCAGUCUGUCUUUUAUCAUGCUUUGGACAUUGCCGUUGAGAAUGCAUUCAUCCUGCAGGAAAUGACACCCAAGGCAAAGAACAAAAGGGCUUUGACGCGUAGGGCGUUCUUGGAAAUGCUCAUUUUAAAGCUUAUUGCAGGAGUCCCAGUUCCCUCAGCUCGUCCUUCUGCUGCCAACUCCACAACAAGGACACCUGCUACUUCGGCUCCUUCCUCACCUGCCUCAUCCUCAUUCCACAAUCCAAAGCACAUCAAACAGGACAGCAGUGCUGGUGGACGGAAGUGCGAGCUGUGUCAACAGGAAACUACAGUCAUGUGUGUGACUUGUGAUGUGAUGUUGUGCUUUCAGCCGCAUCGUGACUGUUAUAAUGACUGGCAUGAAAAGCAAGGUUUAUGAUUGAUGGCAUUGGCAUUGCACAUCAAAAUGUUAAUAGUAGUUACUGUUUAUUGUGGAUGCACAGUGACAUGUUAUGUUCAAAAGAAUUAUUUGAACAAAUCUGUUAAUCUCGUUUUGACCAAGGAAGUGCUUUUGUUCUUGCCUACACAUACACAUGUUUGUGUACUUUUUCAGUAAAAGCUGUAAAUUAAAGAAAGUUACAUAGUUUACAAGGCAAAUAGUGAGUCGAUUAAUCAAGUACCGAAUUUGUUGGCUAACGAUGUUUUUAUAGACACAUUGUCUGCUGAGAACUAGGAGCUGUCCAUUGUGCUGAAUCUAGUGCUGCUCUGAGGCCAUCAUCUUUUACUGAAAGUAUCAAGAGUGACAAAAAGAUGUUAUAAAAGGCAAAUGAGUAUAAGUAGAGACGAUAAACAUUAACAGACACUGCAUUGAUAUUAUGAAUGGGGAAAAUAGUUUUAAACAUGACAUUCAAAAUGAUCAUGUACAUCUCAUUAAGUUUGAAAUUAGCCUAUAGGUGAACAAACAUAUGGGCCAUAUGACAAUGAAAAAAGGGUGUAUGUUGUAUAUCUUGAAUGUGUGCAUACUGUACUUCACUGCAAUAUAAUAUAUGGAAAGACCUUAUUAAAUGACUGUUAGGUAGAUACUUAAUUUGA